UGGAGACAGUUACAAGGAAAACACUUUGCUGCUGGAUUUGAAAGAAAAGGGAACCUGUACCGAAUUUAUAUUUGGUACAAAAUGCCUCCAACUCUUUUCCAAAAACUUUUUAACAAGAGAAACGCGCUUUCAUCACCGCCCCCGAGGUGCAGCAAAGAGGACCCAGCGUUCAGCUGGCCACUUCCACAUUUGGAGCCCAGUCAGAUCAGGCUGAUAGUGUACCAGGACUGCGAGAGGCGUGGCAGAAAUGUCCUCUUCGACUCCAAUGCCAAGAAAAAGGGCACAGAGGAAGCCCCCAUUACCAGCACUGAUGGCCAGGUCAAGAUGUUUGGGAAAUGCUGCCAGCUCCGACCUACAGGAGGCAGCAGCAGUUCCCUGGACAGCUCAUCCUCCUGCGCUUCUGAAACCAAGGAAACCAAGGAGCAGGGUCUCCGCUUCCAGGGAUCGAGGUGCUCAUCUGAUGUGGUAAUGCUGGGGGAGAUGAUGUUUGGCUCUGUGGCCAUGAGCUACAAAGGCUCCACACUCAAAAUCCACCAGAUCAGAUCACCCCCUCAGCUGAUGUUGAGUAAGGUCUUCACCGCCAGGACAGGGGGCAGUGUAUAUGGCAGUCUCAACACGUUACAGGACAGCCUGGAGUUCAUUGGGCACGACAGCAACACCUUAAGGCCAGAACAAAACACUGGGGCCAACAGCCUUCUAGGGAACAUAGGAUUUUCUCAGCUCUGCAGCCCUCGACGGGCCUUCUCUGAACAGGGCCCGCUGCGGCUCAUCAAGAGCGCAUCUUUCUUUUCAGGCCACAGUCAUCCCAUGGACAUGCCGGGCCGAGGUCCGUACGACGAGAGGGACAGUGGCAUCGCCAGAUCAGCCUCUCUGAGCAGCCUGUUGAUCACUCCCUUCCCGUCCCCCGGCUCCUCCUUGACCAGCAGCUGCGCGUCCAGCUACCAGCGCCGAUGGCUCCGCAGUCAAACCACCAGCCUUGAGAAUGGCGUCUUCCCUCGAUGGUCAGCGGAGGAGAGCUUCAACAUGUCCGAUGAAAGCGGGGGUCCAAGUCUCGGCGUUGCCCGGAAGAAAAAGAUUGCCAUUGGAGUCAUCUUCACAUUGUCCCCCAACCCUGAGGAGAACAGCCGCUUCCAGGAGUUCUUCUUCUCCCACUUCCCUCUCUUUGAAAGCCACAUGAACAAACUCAAGGGUGCCAUCGAGCAGGCCAUGAAGAUGAGUCGCAGGUCAGCUGAUGCCAGCCAGAGAGCUUUGGCUUACAGCCGGAUGGUGGACGGACUCAACGAGUUCAGGAUGACCAUCUGUGACCUCUACACAAUGCCCCGCGUGGCUGAGCCAGUCUGGCUAACUAUGAUGUCUGGAGCGUCAGAGAAGAACCAGCUCUGUGGACAAUUUAUGAGAGAAUUCUCUCUGCUGAUGGAGCAGGCCUCCAAGAACCAAUUCCUCCCGGCGCUGUUGACAGCCAUCCUGACCAACCAUCUGGCUUGGGUGCCCACCGUCAUGCCCAACGGGCAGCCUCCAAUCAAGAUCUUUCUUGAGAAACACUCUUCCCAGAGCGUUGACAUGCUGGCAAAGACACAUCCCUACAACCCACUCUGGGCACAGUUAGGGGACCUAUACGGAGCCAUUGGCUCACCUGUCCGGCUGUCGAGGACGGUGGUGGUCGGCCGCCGACAGGAGCUGGUCCAGAGGCUCCUCUACGUCCUCACCUAUUUCAUCCGCUGCUCAGAGCUGCUGGAGACCCACAUGCUGGACAGUGCUGAGGACGAAGCCAUCGUCAUGCCAGGCUCCCUCAUCACCACUUCCCUCAGGAAAGGAGAGGUGGAAGAGUCGGACUAUGUGCUAGUUACCGUCCAUAAACCUAGCGGGGAUUACCUGUCCCAGGGGGCCAACAGCCAACAGAGUAUGGCUGAGGACAGCAACUACCCUUCCGACAACAGCCUGCAGAGCAGCACGUACACGGACAUGGAGGUGGAGCGCAGCUCCUGUGAACCACCCAAAGAGGAAGAGGAGGAAGAAGAAGAUGAAGUGGAAAGCGGCGAGAGUCAAGGGUCCAGCAGCAGUGUGCUCCGGUCGGUUCUAAGUGAGAGCAAAAUUCCCGUUAUCAAGACUGCAGAAGUGGAUGAAACCGAAGAGCUGUGCAGGGAGUCUAGCAGCCCCGUUGCCUCACAACCGCAACCGGAGACGGUGCUGCACAUCGGCUCAGUUUCCCCCAGAGAGAGAGACUGCAUGCUGGAUACAGAGACAAAGGACGACUUGAAACUUGCUUCUCCAUCUGUACUCUCAUCCCUUUCCUCGAGUGGAACCGUAACCCCCGUCACCAUAAGUGGUAAAAACAAUGGAUCUGAGGCUGGGACGGGCACUACGGUAGGGAGCCCCCCCACCCAGAUGCCAGCUCCUCGAUCUUUGGGAAUCCAAUUGGAGAAGAAGCCGCCAGAUAAGAAUGUGGUCGGUGCACCAACACUAUCAGUGACGAUAGGAAACACGCCGUCAGGACGCAUGGUUUUGAUUCCAACACAGGAAGAAGAACCAGCAGCAAAAGUCACUUUCCUCAUUGGAGGAUCCAUGUCUCCCGAGUCCGACACGGAAAGUCGCAGAAGGAAAGUGGAGGAGGACUUCAAAAAACACAAACAAUUCAUGGACAAACAUCCGCUUCACUUUGAUCUGUUGCAUCAGAAACAGCAUAAUCAAGAGCAACAUUUUCACGCGGAGCGGGGGGCGCAUUCAAAGACCAGCAAUACCUGUGUGUUGGAGGACCAAACCAAACAGACCAAAGCAACUCCAGCUCUGCAGCGGGUGUCCAGCAAAAUUCCCGAGUGGAGCCUGAACUGUGUGGACAAUUUCGAUGAUUAUUAUAGUUGUGAGGCCCCUGUUGAGGCUAGGACUAUAAAUCAUGUGGCCAAACAGCAGGAGGCCAGCACCACGGACAAUAUACACAAACAUUUGCUGAACCCCUCGGGUAACCAUGACCUGGGGGAUCACAGCUUUCAGAGCAGGGUCAGGGGUCCGACUUUAGACAUCUGUUUAGGUUCAGGUACUGGGGAGGUUGGGUCCAGCAGAAAGGUAGACGCUGUGUCGGAUGUUCGAAGGAGGUGCAGGUGUAGUUCCACCGGCUCCUCCGACACUUCCUGCUGCAGGAGCUGCCCCUUUGAGCAGGAAAAGGACCUCGUGUUAUCUGUGCCUGUUCCCCAGGAUGGAAGCAACAAAAGCAUCAAGGACCAAAAGUGCAAGAUGACACCUCUCAAUGACUGGGAAAUACCGCGCAAUGAGAGCUCGGACAGCGCCUUAGGAGAUAGUGAAAGUGAAGAGACGGAAGACUGGCAAGAGGAAAUGCUGGUUCCCUUCCCCGGGUCAAAGUUGGUGGAGAACUACUCUAAACCAGCCAUUGCUAAUUUUGGCCGGUCCCUCUUUGGAGGCUACUGCCCCACCUACGUGCCAGACUUUGUACUACACGGGGUCCCCAGUGAUGAGAAGCUACGGCAAACCCUCAUGACUGAAUUAACGCAUGCUGUUCAGCAUCCUGUGCUGGAUGAGCCCAUAGCCGAGGCCGUCUGUAUUAUAGCAGACACUGACAAGUGGAACGUACAGGUGGCCAGCAGUCAGAGACGAGCCACGGACGCAAACAAGCUGGGGAAGGAGGUUCUGGUGUCCAGCCUGGUUUCCAGUUUAUUACAGUCCACUCACCACCUCUACAAACUCAACCUUUCACCCAACUUUUGUAUCAUGCACCUAGAGGACCGACUGCAGGAGAUCUACUUCAAGAGUAAGAUGCUCGCUGAGUAUCUGAAGGGCCAGACGAGAGUCCAUGUGAAGGAGCUGGGCAUGGUCUUAGGAAUCGAGUCCAGUGACCUGCCCUUGUUAGCCGCAGUGGCCAGCACUCACUCCCCCUAUGUUGCCCAGAUCUUGCUAUGAGACUGCACCAGCACUAAGGUCCCACGCCUGGCCAGACCAGUCGGACUCGGGUUUUGUGCCGUUCCGGACCCUGAAAGCGGCUGUCCACGCUGCACAGCUGAACCCUGACAUGGCUUCCCUACACGUGUGCCUGGCCGAUACGGGAUUUAGUUUUUUUUUUUCGCCCUGAGUCUGAGCAGUGUGUAUCUUCACAGACCAGAGUGUCAUCUAGAGCUGGUGCUGACCGUCAUCACCGCUGCUGACUUCGGAGCAACGUGGGUGUUGCACCACAGGGUGGAGGUAGAGACCAGAGAAGGAGCGAGGCUCUGCUGAUGACUGAAGCUUCCCUGAAAUUACCUGAAUGUUUCUUUUAAAACAAGACUCUUUUUAUUUUGGAAACAAAAGCCAAAGACUUUAUUUUUCCAGGUGCAAUUGAAAUUUUAUAAAACCUUCACUUUAGUAACGAUGGAUUUUAUUUCUUCAACUGCUUUCUUUUCCUGUACAAUCUUAAACAUGCCUUCAUGAACCGAUAAACUCCACGUUCAAAGGAAAUGGGGACAUUUGUUGUUAAUUUGAGGUAAAAGUCCUGGGAAUGAUCAAUCCAGUGCCAGUUAUACCACUUUCAUUCUCAUGUUUGUGUUUACAGGCGUCAUAUAUUGUUAUAUCUCAACAGUUUAUUUGGUAGACUAAAUUAGUAGCCCAAGUUACUAUAAAGGUUUGUUUUUUUUUGUUUUUUUUUCCACAAAUUGGCACUCACCAGGAUUUUGAAUUAUAAAAACUGUUGUUUUUUUUAAUGGCUCAAAGUGGUUUUCAGAUUCCUAUCAUUGGUACAGCACUACCUCAGAUCUUCAUAUGGGCAGUGGAUGAUUGACAGUUGCGCCAUAGAAAACCCUGAGGUAAACUAUAUAAUAUUUUAAUCGGAGGAAUUUCAGCCUUUCAGACUUCUUGCUGUGUUCUCUGAAAAAAGGGAAAGCCGUUUAUUUUCUUCAAAUGGCAGAAAACGUUUCUUUCUUUCAUCAGUGUGAUUGAUAAUGGUCCCUUUAUACUGCAGAGUAACCUGCAGCCCAUGUUGUGUUUUUACAACCAAAAUGCUGAAGUAUUUUCACACUUUUCUAGUUCCAUCACCUUCGUAUGAUGUUUACUGCCUUAUCGUGGUUGUGUAUGUACUGGAUAACACUAUUACAAGCUUGUUUCUGUAACAGUUCUUAACACAAACUACUAGAGGCCAUGUUUUUCUUUUUGUUUCUUUACAUUUACAGACAUUUUAGUUGCUAUGCAAGCGGGAUGCAGCUUGUGGAAGUGGAGCCUUAGUCUCUCAGCUUCUGUUUGGGUGUAAGGUGGAAGCUGCUGCAGGAAACCAUGGGCAUAAAUCUUUUCAUUUGAGCCUUAAAUAAAAUAAAAAAUCUUUCCAUCUAAACCAGAGAGGAACUUCUGAGCUUCAGAUACAUGCAUGUAUCCUGUUCUGUUAUUGUACUGGGCUUUUUAAUCCAGCAAAUUUACUUUAACCGAAGAGGGGUGCAGGCAUUUGAAUCACAUGACAAAUCACAAAGCCUGCUUGGGUUUUGAAAGGAAAUAAAAUGGUCUAUAUUCAUAGAAAAUGACCCUGAGCAGUGGACGGUGUUUGUAAAUCCAAACUGCACCUCAAAUACGACCGAUGUCUUAAUGAAGAAGUGGCACGAAUGCUUUACAGAUUUAUUCAUAACUCAUUUUGCUGUUUGAGUUGGUAAAUACAUGCUUAUGUGUAUUGAAGAUGCUCCAGUAUAUCAGCCUACAUUUUGUACAAGCCAGCCAUUAUUUUUAAGAUGUAUGGAUUUAUAGGUCUGCUUUUUUCCCUCUUUGUAUAUGAAUAAAUUAUUUAGUUGCCUGUAAGUGUAACAGUUUGUGUAAACUGUACAUACUCAGUUUAUUUCCAUGUAUUUGUACAGAAUGUCUUUUACGAAUGGUCACCUGAAAUUAUUUUUUUCCCAAUUUUCUGGGAAUGUUGUGCAAUAAAAAUGCUGAGAAUUUA